AUGUGUUUCUCUGGUCUCAUACCAAUAAUAAAUUUAUUUUAUUUUUCAAUAGGAAUAAAAGUGGCUUUUGAAAGUAUUGCACUGGGAAUUUUCCUUUUCUCCCAGAUGACAGUGGGAAUGUUUGGCAAUUCCUUAAUACUAUUUUACUAUGUCAUAUUGAAACUCACUGGAAAACAUUUAAUGCCCAAAGACCUGAUCAUAGAGCACUUGACUUUUGCCAAUUGCCUGUGUAUCAUCUCAAAAGGCAUUCCACAGACACUGUCAGAUUACGGAUUAAAAGAUUUCCUGGAUGAUUUUGGAUGUAAAUUGAUAUUGUAUGUUUAUAGAAUAACAAGGGGGGUGUCAUUUUAUGCUAUGUGCCUUUUGAGUUGUUUCCAAGCAAUCACAAUCAGCCCCAGCAACUCCAGAUGGAUGAUGUUUAAAUACAGAGCCACCAAGUACUUUGGUUCCUCCUGCUCAAUCAGUUGGCUUGUGCACUUGUUUCUAAAUAUCCUGACACCAGCAAGAGUGUCAGGCCCUAGUUACAACAAAAAUAUAACUAAAAGGAUGAUUUAUGGUUCUUGUUCAUGGUUCUCCUUAAGCAAUUUUGCAACUGCACUGUACUUGUUCUUAUUGUGCUUUUCUGAUGGACUGUGUCUGGGUCUCAUGGCUGGCUCAAGUGUCUCCAUGGUGAGUAUUCUCUACAGACAUAAGAAACGAGUCAAGCAUAUCCACAGUGCUCAGCACUUUUUAAAAGUCUCUCCUGAAGAGAGAGCCACACAAACUAUCCUCAUCCUGGUGUGCACAUUUGUCCUCUCAUACUCAUUCUCCUCCAUUGUGGCCAUCUUUACAACCUACUCCAAAUAUCCAUUGCUAUGGAGCAUAAGUGUAUUUACAUUAAUAGAAAUAUGCUUUCCCAUAUGUUGUCCCUUUGUUCUUAUCAGCAACAUGAAGUCUAGGGCCAGUGUGUUUUUACCCUGCUUUUGUAAGAGAUAA